AAUCAUCAAACUAAUAUUUUUAAACACCGUCGAGUUAUUCGCAUCUGUCAAGCCCAAUUCAUUUCCUGAAGCAGAAUAAUCGCAGAAGCAACGAUAACUGCGCCACAACCCUUCUCGAAUACAGAACCACAUACUCAACCGCCCCCCUUCAUCCGACGCAAUGGGCUGGUGGCCAUUCUCUUCAGAAACCCGCGGCGACGCCAUCCGCAACGGCAAUGCCAUUCCCACACGUAACGAGCGAGCUGUAUGCUGGGCCGCCCGUGACGCCUACUUUGCCUGUCUCGAUGCCAACAACAUUGUCGAUGCUACAAAGGACCCGGGUGCCAGCGCUGCCGCAAAGGCCUGCGCCGCCUCUUCCGCCGAGUUUGAGAAAGACUGCGCCGUGGCCUGGGUCAAGUACUUUAAGCAGUGGCGCGUUGCCGAUAUUCAGAAGAAGCGAAGACUGGACGAGCUGAGAAAGCAGGGAGCCGUGGAAAUGUCGGUGUCGACGGCCUUUGCGCCAGAGGGCAAGGGCACAUCCAAGGAUGACCUGCAGAGCAUGUGGGAGAAGAAGGGCGGCAAUUAACGAUAGGACUCACAUCAUGGGCGACAAGUGGAAUUUCACAGUAUAUAAAACAGGACAUUGGCGAACAAGAGCACAGCCUCUCAUGCCCGACGACUGCGAUUUUGGAGAGGGACAUGUACGUUUAAGGGCCUGGUUCAAAGGCAGCAUGUAUAAUUAGCUAUGAGACUUCUGGCCAACAACGCAGCGGUACGGCACACAAGGAAGCACAAUCAAGGAUACAAAAUAAAACUCUUCUUAUUCUUCUUCAUUCUAAGUUACUACUUUAGCAUUACAAAAAACAAUGACCCUAGUCCCUUCCCAUGCAGGCUUGCCCAAUCAAACAAGGUGGCAAGAAAUAUAAAACAGCAGGAAUAGAAAAUACUCGCAAAUGCAGCUGGUGGUAUCAUCCAUGUGUUGGAGCAAACAAAAAAAGACAAGAAAGAAAACAAAAGUAGAAAUCCUACUGAAGGCUGAGAAUAAAGGACAUGAUGGAAAACCAAACUCACGCCAACGAGAAACAGCGCCGAUGGGUUGAUCAGAAAAGAAGCUGUUGUCAGGCGAAUUAAGGAUAUGAGUAUUGAUUAA